AUGACAAGUUAUGGCCAGGCUGGCGGACGGCUGCCAGGAUCUCGGCGGGAUAAGCUCCGGGGGAUAUUGCGCGCCGCGAACGAGUUGAGGCAAACAUAUCAGGACCAGAUACAAAACAGGCUGCAGGCCAGUGAGGCAGAUGGAGGCAUGCCAGGAGAGUUUCCUGACGUGGAGAUUGUUCGGAGCGGAGACGAGGAAAUGGUCUUGUUCCCAAGUUACGCCCGGAAGCACGCAAGAAGAAAGACCAAUUCGGAUGGCACGGCCAGAUACCCACCUGGAACCCAUGAAUCUGUGGAAACGCGACAUGGUACCGGAGAUGCAGAAUACUGGAAAAGAGAAUGGGAGAAGUACGAAGAUGCUAAUGCGGUCGUGGACGUCGACGUUCGGGGAUGGAUAUACUCGCCCCAGCGUGGCCCCUUGACCAGGAGGAAUCGACUGGUGAUUGCUGUGGCCCGCCGGCUGAGCGGAAUCUACCCCCCAAACCCUUCUCUGCCGGCGUCUCGUCCAUCUAGUCAAGCUCCCGCCAGUCAGGAUGAGCUUGAUGACAACCCGUCGAGGUAUGAGGAUGAAAUUGCGGCAAGAGAAGCCGAGCACAUUGCUCGUCAUGGACAGAUAGAAGCAGAGGCCGCAAUUAAAGGGAGUUACACUCAACAAAGCAGGAGAAGCUUCGAUAACGACAGCCGAGCGGGGAGUCGGUCCAGCUCACCUGUGCCGUCAGCGGCUUUGUCCAGGCGAGGGACCGAUGUCGAGGAUGAUGACCCCGGGCAGCGUCGCGUUCAGAAACGACUAUCUUGGAAUGAGCCAGCAAAUAUGACCCGAGAAGAAAUGGCGGCAGCAAAUGAAAUGCUGUUGACCAGGCUAAGACCGUUCAUGUCUACGCCUCUAGCCAAUACCCCCAUCACGGUCUUCUUUUUCGAUGAUGAGAAAUCAACUUCCAAAUCGGUCACCACCGACGACUCAGGACACUUCAACCUACGGGCGGCUCUGGACUUCGUCCCUGCCCAGGUCAGGGUUUUGGCUUCGGAGAAGCUGUCCGCGACUCAGGAUGUCACGAUUACAGACAGCAGGGGUGUCAGUUUGAUCAGCGACAUUGACGAUACUGUCAAACACUCCGGCAUAGCAAGCGGUGCCCGAGAGAUUUUCAAGAACACAUUCACUCGGGAGCUCGGAGAUCUCACCGUCGCAGGAGUCAAAGAGUGGUACGGCAAACUGUCAGGUAUGGGAGUCAACUUGCAUUAUGUUUCCAAUUCUCCAUGGCAACUGUACCCUCUCCUGCGCAGUUACUUCUCGCUUGCCGGACUGCCGCCCGGAUCGUUCCACCUGAAGCAAUACUCUGGAAUGUUGCAAGGGAUAUUUGAGCCGGCUGCUGAAAGGAAGCGUGGCUCGUUGGAGCGGAUCAUCAAUGAUUUUCCCGAGAGAAAGUUCAUCCUAGUCGGGGACAGUGGUGAAGCCGACCUCGAGGUCUACACUGAUGUCGUCCUUGAACACCCUAAACAGAUCUUGGGCGUCUUCAUCAGAGACGUGACAACGCCGACGAAGAAGGCUUUCUUCGAUCAAGCACCUUCGCACACGCCUCCAUCUUCCGUGAACUCGGCCAAAGAUGGAGAUCGCCGGGGUCGAGAUAUCCCGGACAACAGACCGGCUCUACCUGAAAGACCAAAGGCGGAGCCUGAAACGAAGGCCGAGGAAGUCGACUUGAUCGACUUCCAGGAGGAGGUAGAUACGAAGACCACGAAUGAAAAGACCUCGCAUUCAGAUGACAUGCGUCAACUUGAUCACAACGAAAAGCCGCCGGCGCCCAACAAACCUAAUAAGCCAUCAAGUUUACGAAAUUUCUCGACUAAAUCAAUAACUAAUCCUAGCCCGGACAGGCCAUCCGCCUCGGAUUCAGAAGCUCAAGAGACCUCCAAAAAGAAGCCUCCUCCUCCGCCGAAACCCCGUCGGUCUGGUGGCGCUGCUGGAUCAGACAAAGGAUCAGAGACGAGCCUCCGAUCCUCUUCUCGUCCAGCAUUCUCUUCCGCGCGCCAGAAUCAAAGUCAAUCACAAUCUGAUGUGUCUCCAACACUGCUGCCAUCCAUCUCACGGACAAACACCACCAGUACGGUCUCGAGUCACGUUUCCCGUAGUGACGACGACGGCUAUGUCGCAUCCGCUCGGCGGCAGAUUGCAUCGGCAUACAACGCCCUGCCUGCGAUUCGCUCAACGUCACCUUCACGAUCAGCCGAUCAAACAGGCAUCGGCAGUGACAACCGACCAAAUCCACCUCUUCCGUCUCGACGAGGGCUGUCGUCGUAUCCGGCAGCGGCGGCGCGUUGGGCGACUGGUGCAUCGGGCGGUGAUCCUGCGGCUGGUGGCGAUGCAGGGUACCCGGGAGCCUCAUACGACAAGAAACUCGAGAUCUGGAAGCGGAGAUGGGCCAGAUCCGAAGAAAUCAUGCGCCAGCGCGGGGUGGUGCUCCGGAGCUGGAGGGUAGGUGGCGACGUCAUGGACGAGUGUGUCAAGUUGGUAAAGAGGGAGUUGGAGAGGAUAGAACGACGUGGAAGUUGA